AUGCCUCUGCCAAGAGCCGACAGCGAGGCUCCGCCCGCCUACGACACGGAUCACAUUGGCCCCAACAACGACAGCUACCGCAACUCCAGCAGCAAUGGUACUUUCGUCAACGAUAAUGAUGGCGCCGGCUUUGGCCAGCGACGAGUCUCCAAGGCAACUCUUCUUCGCAAUCCUUUGGCUGGCAUGACUCGAGAAGAGAUCCUCGCCGAUGUUGACGCUUUUGUGGAGUCCAAGGGCCUCACGGAGCACCGCGAGGAUUUCCGAAAGGGAGCACUUGCUGCUCAAGUCAACAACACCCCCGGGGGCUUUGAGAAAAUCGAGAUGCUCUCCGAAGAUGAGAAGGCGAUCCUGAGAAAGGAAGAGACGUCUCGAUGGCAUCAGCCGUUUGCCUUGUACUUCCUUUGUACUCUCUGUGCUGGAUCGGCCAUUGUUCAGGGUAUGGAUCAGACCACCGUGAAUGGUGCGCAGGAAUUCUACUUUAAAGAAUUCAAAAUCGAGAGCGUAUGGAUGCAAGGGUUGACGAACGGUGCUCCUUACCUUUGCUCUGCCGUUGUCGGUUGCUGGACCAGUCCGAUUCUCAACAAGUACACCGGCCGCCGCGGAACCAUCUUUAUCUCUUGCGCCAUCUCUACGAUCACUGGAUUCUGGAUGUCUAUCACUACCUCUCUCUGGAAUUUCUUGUUUGCCCGUUUCAUGCUUGGUUUCGCUGUUGGCGCAAAGUCCAGCACAACACCCGUUUACUCUGCCGAAUCUACACCGAAGAACAUUCGUGGAGCCCUAACUAUGAUGUGGCAGAUGUGGACUGCUUUCGGUAUCGCCCUCGGCUUUAUCGUAUGCGUUGCCUUCCAAAACGUCACUAUAAUCGGCGGUCCGAACUCUCCAUGGCGAUGGAUGAUGGCUUCGACCUCUAUUCCCCCGCUGGUUGUCAUGCUCCAAGUGUAUUUUUGCCCCGAAUCUCCCCGCUGGUACAUGGAACGCGGUCGAUUUGACAAGGCCUUCCAAUCCGUCAGGAAGCUUCGCUUCUCGCCUGUCCAAGCUACUCGCGAUAUGUAUUACGCUUACAAAUUACUCGAGAUUGAGCGUGGGGAACGUGAAGGCCGGAAUCUUCUCAAGGAGUUUUUCACUGUACGCCGCAACAGACGUGCUGCUCAAAGUGCCUGGUUCUGCAUGUUCAUGCAGCAGUUCUGUGGCGUAAAUGUGAUCGCAUAUUACUCUACUUCAAUUUUCACCGAUGCCAACUACAGUCUUUCUGAGGCCCUGCUCGUCUCCAUGGGUGGCGGCAUCAUAAACUUCCUCUUCGCUAUUCCUGCAAUCUACACCAUUGAUACGUUUGGACGCAGAAACCUUCUUCUGGUUACCUUCCCUCUCAUGGCAGCGUGCCUCUUCUUCACUGGUGGAGUGUUCCAACUUCCCGACGAACCUCGUGACCCCAAGAUCGCCACUAUCACUCUGGGCCUUUAUCUCUUCAUGGCAGUCUAUUCUCCCGGCCUUGGACCAGUGCCUUUCACCUACAGCGCUGAAGCUUUCCCUCUCCACAUCAGAGACAUCGGUAUGGCUUCCAGUACAGCUAUCACCUGGGGCUUCAACUUCAUCAUCAGUCUCACCUGGCCAGCUCUACGAGACGCCUUCUCUAAUACUGGUGCCUUCGGUUGGUAUGGUGCUUGGAACAUAUUUGGUUGGAUCUUCUGCUACUUCCUCCUCCCUGAGACCAAGAACUUGACCCUUGAGGAGCUUGACAACGUUUUUGGUGUUUCCAACAGAGAGCAUGCUUCAUACUACUGGAGGAAGCUGCCCUGGUACCUCAAGAAGUACAUUUUACGCAAGGAUGUUCCUCCUUUCCCUCCACUGUAUGAGUUUGCUGCCAAUGACGGAAACUAUCCUCACGAGAAGCCUGAUGCCAGCCACAUUGAGGGCAACAACGCUGUUGGGGGUACUCAGGAUAAGGAACUCUUCCCUGGACCCCGAUGA